AUGGCAGUGAAACCUUCACCAUUUUUCAUUAUCAAAAUUUCAUUUCUUUCCCUUCUUUUCUUCCUUUUCCUUGCAUCCCCAAAUGGUGUCACAAAGCGACAAACUUCUAUCGGAAUUCGAGACAGACUUCUUACUUCUUCUCGUCUCUUUCUUUCUUUCUUUCUUUCUUUCUUCCUUCCUUUCUUUCUUUUUUCUUUCAUAAUUUAUUUCUUCCGUUUGUUUCUUCGUUCGUUUGUUAAAUUAUUUUCCAAUUUAUUUUCAUAUUUCUAUCUUUUUUCUUCCUUCGUUUCUUUAUUUCUUUCUUUUGUAUUUCAUGGUUCGUUGUUUCUUUCGUUGAUGUUUUAUUUCUCUGCCAUUUUUCUCUUUGUCUUUAUACUUCUUAAAUUUAUUUUUCUUCUUUUAUUUACUUUUGUUGUUUUAUUCUCUUAUUCAGUUUCAUUUAUUUCUUCUCUUUCUAAUUUUUCCUUUCCCUUUUCCUUCUUUUUUAGUUUUUUUCUUUCUUUUAUAUUUCUCAUAAAACCUGUUUUAUUUCCUUGCUUUUGUGACGUCGCCCCGAUCCCUCCGCGCCUGUCGCCAAGCAUACUCACACUCACACAUACACACACAUCUAUCUAUCUAUCUAUCUAUCUAUCUAUCUAUCUAUCUAUCUAG